AUGUUAACAGAUUGCGAUUUUUAUAGUAAACAAAGUAUUACAGAAUUAUAAGCAUAAUUGGCUCAUAAGAAAAAGAAGAUUCACAUUUUAAAAUAAGAAAAGAAUUCUAUGUUGAAUCGUAUAGAUGAAUUGAAUUAAAAAGUUCAUGAUUAAGCAGAAGAAUUCAAAAAAUAUAGAUUAAAAUUUAGAGGUCUAGAAUAAUAACACUCACAUGUAAAUAUUAAAUCAUAUUAUUAUAGUUAAAACAUUAGAAUGAAAACUUAAAAAAAGAUUAAAGUAUGAAUAAUGAAACAAUAACAUUAUUUUAAAAAGGAUUUAAAAGAGAUGAAUUCAAAAAACAUGAAAGAACAGUAGCAUAAUUAUAAAAUGAUAUAAUUAAAUUGUCUAAUGCUUUAGAAGAACAUAAAAUAGUUAGAGAAUCUAAUUGUGAAGAAAUUACAAGACAAUUAGUUUAUAUCUAAGAAUUAGAAAAUUAACUCAAUAAAUAUAAAUAAAUGACAGAAGAUGAUUAAUUAAAAUAUAACAACUAAUAACUCUAUUAAACUAUAGAAGAUCUUAAUUAUUAAUUGUAGAUAUCAAAUAAAAAUAAAGAUCAAGAUUAUCAAAAUUAAUUAUAAGAAAUACAAUAAAUAGCUGAUAUUGCUAAAUUAGAAAAUAAAGAACUUACAUUAAAAAUAGCAUAAUAAGAAAAGCUUUAUCAAAUGUAAAUUUCAAAAAUAAUUAAACUUUGUGAAUCUGUAUAUGAAGAAUUAUCUAAUAAGGUAAAUAAUAAAAUAGAAGUUAAAGAUAUUUUAUAAAAAUUGAUUAUCUCUAAAAAAGAUAUUGAUCUAGAUUUACUUAAGUAUAUCUAUUAAUUUAAUAAAUAGAAUUGAAUCUGAAAUUAAUACCUAAACUUGUGAAGAAUUAUAGACUAAAGUUGAUAAUUUAUCAAAUGAAAAUUAAAAUAUUAAACAAAAAUUUUAAGCAACUUCUACUAACAAAGAAGCUCUAUAAAUGAGAGAAUAAGAUUUAAUUCAUUAAAUUGAAAAAUUACAAUAAUAAGUUGAAAGAUAAAAAGAAUUAAAUUAAAUGAGAUAAAAAACUAUGUCAGAAUAAAUAUCAGCAUUAUAGAGAACUAAUAAAUAAUUAAACUAGGAUUUAGAUAAAAUAACUAAAGAAGUUUAAGACUUAAGAGAGGAUAAAGUUAUUUUACAGUAGACAAUACAAAGAUAAGAAAAAAAAAUAUAAACACUUAGUUUGUCUAAAUAAAGAUGA